UUUAUCUCUCUCAUGCUGCCUUGGGGAAUAGUAGUGGGAUAGUACUUCAGAGGGGAAAUGCAGCUUUCUCUUCUCCUAAGCCCACUUUAAGACCAACCAUGCUGGUCAGCACCACUGUGGAGGUAGUGGGGCAACUUCUAACUGAGCUAGGAUGAGCUGAAAGGUGGUUUUGUUCCGCAGCAGUUUAAUUUAAAGGAGGACUUGACUGAAGCAGUCUACAAUGUAUGCUUGAAGUAAUUUAUGGAGAACGGGAAAAGACAGAAUAUCAAAGAACUGCAUUAAGAUUAAUUAUCCAGUUCACUGAAGAAUUAGGUAAUUUUAAAUGACAGAGAUCCUUCUGAUGAUGAAGAAAUGGAAAAAUCAACCAACACAAGUAAACCAGUACAGCCUGACUCAGACUCCGGGUCCAAACCUGCUACAGCAAAGAAAAGAAAACAGCCUGCAGAAUGUUUUCUAACGCGUCCUGAGGAAAAAGAAGAACACACUGUGAAGGUGAAAAGGAGAAGGAAGAAGAAAAUGUCUGAUAUUCUUGCAAAAUCAUCUCCAAAACCAGGUGUCCCUGAAGACCUACAAAAGCUACUUAAUCAACACUUCAGUACUAACCGUUCAGUGAUUGAACUAGAAGAGUUAAAACUGCCAGAUUCCUGUUUCCUGCCAUCCAAUGACCUCACCCACAGUUUUUCUUCAUACCUGAAGGAAAUCUGUCCCAAAUGGGCUAAACUUCGAAAAAACCACAAGGAGAAGUCGUCUGUGCUGAUGCUGAUUAUCUGCAGUUCUGCUCUCCGUUGUUUGGAGCUCAUUAAGUCAUUGACGGCAUUCAAAGGAGACUGCAGAGUUAUUAAAUUGUUUGCAAAGCACAUAAAGAUAAAAGAACAGUUGAACAUGCUGGAGAAUAGGGUCAUCCACCUGGGUGUAGGAACACCUGGAAGAAUAAAAGCGCUAGUAAAACAAGAUGGCCUUAGCUUGAACUCCUUGAAGUAUCUGAUUUUGGAUUGGAACUGGAGAGAUCAGAAGUUAAGGAGAAUGAUUGAUAUCCCUGAGAUAAGGAGAGAAGCAAUUGACCUUCUGGAAAUGGGAAUUAUAAAGCUGUGCAGAGAGGAUUCUGUGAAGCUGGGACUCUUUUAAUGGUGUAACAAACAUGGAUGCAAUUUACAGCUGUAUUUCACUUAUCAUUGUCUGUAGUAGGCAACUGUUCAGUGGCUGACUGGAUUCAGUUCUUCCGUUUCUGAGAUGCUUAGCAGAAAUGCGUAUUACAAUGUUUGUCAGCUUCUGGCCGUCUUAUAAUAAAGCAAAAUUUUGUAUGUAGAUUCCGUACCAGGGAUUGUUACUGCCUGAACAGUAUGAUACUGAAAUUAGAUGUAUGUUGCAUGUAAAACAGUAGGUGUGGGUUCUCUAUUACCCUUAGGACACUGAGGAUGAGUGCACUUGUCCUGAGUGAAUCCCACAGCCACUCUUCUUCUGUCCCCUCCUUCCACUCUUCCAAAAGGACCACCUUCACUCCCCCUCUAGGAGUGAUAGAAGACAGCCCGUGCCAGUUCUGGGCCCAGAAAUUCCCAGCCCUCACUGUUGCUGCUUCCUAGCAUGCAGAAGGCAUCUGGCCAUUACAGAGACCGGUCCAGAGUUGGCCGAGAUGUUUUAGCCAUAUCGCUCCUUUACUACCUCAUGUAGCUACCCCCACAGCGUGUUGAUGAGUUAGACCUCUCUUGUCCUCCACAAACCCUGUCACUACAUUAUAUCAUAAAGAUGCAUGCUGGAAAAUAACAGUGGCUCUUGCACCCUCACCACUGUUCAUGCUAGGGCAGGAAACUUUGAAGGCUAAGUGCUUCUUAAGAUAGAAAAUUAUCAUGAUACCUACAGCAUAAAAACAGUCUAAUCUUGCAACUCUUAUUCAUGUGAGUGAUCCCACCAACCAGUGUUGCUAUUGUCAUGAGAUAGAAACUGUAGAAUCAUGACCAUAUCUGCCGCUGGCAAAUCAUGUGAUAUGUAAUGACGACUGGCAACCUUUGCUGAAUACUAUUCAACCACGCUGCAUAUCAAAGUUAGUGCCUGUUAGUGGGUACUGUGUUGCUGUAGGGACCAUCUUUCAAAUAGACACAAAACUGAAGCCCUGACCACUUGUGGUGAGUAAAAAUCCUAUAGCCCUUUUCAUGAGAUUUGUCUGGUUUCCAUAUUAUCAGCAAAUAAAGAAUUUGUUACUAGAAUUUUAGUUAAUUUUGAUUACUAUGAUGUCAGAAUACAAUUUGCUGUUCCUUGGCUGUGUUGGCUCUAUAGAGCAUAUAGAGUAAAACAUAUUCAUUGGACUAGUUAGCAAAAUAUGGAUAUCUGUAGUAGGGAACACUCAAAUUGAUUGAAAAAAUGACACAAAGUUUUUAGUAAACAUUUCUGGGUGCUUUUGGCUAAAAGUCAAAACUGCCUGUACGUGGAUGAUUUAAUAGGAAUUUAUUUAAUCAAACAUUGGUGUGAUCUGUCAACAAAUUCCAUUUAUAAUGCAUGUCAGCCAGUGAGUACGAGGGAAUAUACCUUGGGAUGCAGUCUGAACUAUUUAGCUCUUGUUCUGUCAAGCCACUUACUACAUUGUUAGAUCUCUCCCUUGACCUGCAGCUUCUGUGUUGGUUACAUUGUUGACUAGAUUGUGGUCGGGCCUAAAGUGAGGUGAUGAGAAGAGGAUACAAUGAUCGUUCCUUUUGGGAUCUUGUGCUCCCAGUGCAAAAGGGGGAAGGGUGCACAGUACCAAAACUAGCACUUGAGAACUCAAAGGGGGCCAUACCAAGUCUCCAAACGCUGUGCCCUUACAAAGGGCAUUGCAGUUCCUACCUUGGUAAGUUCUCCAGCAGGGCCACUCACUGGGUAGGAGCCUUUUGCAUUGUUAUCCAACACAGCAUUCUCUUGUAAAAGCCAUUUUUGCUUUUGAUAGCACUGCUCUGUUUAGGGUGACUAUGGAAAUAAAGGGAAGAGAGGGAGUAAGGGAUCAGACUGUGUACAGACCUUUCAAGUAGCAGGCCGUGCCCCUGCAAGUGAUCAAUAGCUCAGAACGUAGUGAAACCUAAUAAACUCUUUACAGAAGAACCUCAGAGUUAUGAACCCCAGAGUUACGAACUGACCGGUCAAUCAAAUUCCUCACUUGGAACUGAAAGUACGCAAUCAGACAGCAGCAGAGAC